AUGGAGAACAUUUCAGAGGUGACUGAAUUCCUUCUCAUAGGGUUAACAGAUGCCCUAGAGAUGCAGGUGCCUUUCUUUAUAAUCUUCACUCUCAUUUACCUCAUCACUCUGAUUGGGAACCUUGGGAUGGUCAUGUUGAUUCUGUUGGAUCCUCGACUCCACACUCCCAUGUACUUUUUCCUCAGUAACCUUUCCCUGGUGGAUUGUGUGUAUGCAUCCGCUGUUACUCCCAAAGUAAUGGCGGGGUUUCUCACAGGAGAUAAGAUUAUAUCCUACAAUGCAUGUGCCACCCAGAUGUUUUUCUUUGCAGCCUUUGCUACCAUUGAAAGUUUCCUCCUGGCCUCGAUGGCCUUUGACCGCCAUGCAGCAGUGUGCAAACCCCUGCACUACACCACCACCAUGACAAGUACUGUGUGUGCCUUGUUGGUCACUGGCUCCUACUUCUGUGGACUCUCCCAGUCUUCCAUCCAUGUUGCUUUGACUUUCCACCUCUCCUUCUGCCGUUCCAACGUGGUUAAUCACUUUUUCUGUGACAUUCCCCCACUGCUGGAUCUUUCUUGUUCUGAUAUCUACACAAAUGAGAUUGUGCUCUUCACAUUGGCCUCAUGCAAUAUCUUUUUCACUCUUUUGGUUAUCUUGAACUCUUACCUGUUUAUUUUCAUUGCUAUCCUGAGAAUGCACUCAGUUGAGGGACAGAAAAAGGCCUUUUCCACCUGUGCCUCCCACCUCACCACUGUUUCCAUCUUCUAUGGGACAAUCAUCUUCAUGUACUUACGGCCAAGUUCCAGUCAUUCCAUGGACUCAGACAAAGUGGCAUCUGUGUUCUACACCAUGGUCAUCCCCAUGCUGAACCCUGUGGUCUACAGUCUGAGGAACAAGGAGGUCAAGGGUGCAUUUAAGAAAAUGGUGGAGCCAAAAGAAUUCGCCGACAGGUUGGAUGUGGAGGCAGAAAAGAAAGAGGCGACCUCUACAAAGGGUCAUAGUUUACCUCCAAGAAGAGAAAUGGAAGAGGAGCAGGUAGUGAGGAAAAUCCAGGGCUAA